CGAGCGGCGAGCGCUCGGGAGAUGGAAGCGCUGCGCGGAGACCCCGGGGGCGGCGGCGGGGGCUGCUCGCAGGGCCGAAACUUCCUCCCCCCUCCCAUCUUCGGGACGUCGCCGCCGGGUUCGGUGAGAUCGGGCUUCGUCUACGAGCGCUCGGGCCCGGCGGCCGCGGCGCGCUCCGCACCCUCCUCCUCCUCCUCGGAGACGGCGUCCUCGUCGAAGGAGUGUUCCGCCGGCCCCCCCGUUGCGGCAGGGGCGGCGCCACCUUCGGCCACGACGGCCACCGUCGCCGCCGCCGCACUGGGCUAUCCCCCGGGCUACCCCCCCUUCGGCCACGGCUACUACAGCUGCCGCAUGGCGCACGGCGUGGGGCUCCAGCAGAACGCCGCCCUCAAGGCGGCCCCGCACACCGCCUUCCCGGUGGAAAAGUACAUGGAUGUGGCCGGCCUGGGCAGCCCCGCCACGACCUCGGGCGGCAGCGACGCUUCCUCGCGGGCCAAGGAGAUCUCCUUCUACCAGGGCUACGCGGCCGCCGCCGGCCCGUACCAGCACGUUCCCCCCGGCUACCUGGACGUGGUCUCUAGUUUCGGAUCGGCGGCGGCUUCGGCGGAACCGCGGCACGAGACCUACAUCUCCAUGGAGGGCUACCAGUCUUGGACUCUGGCGAACGGCUGGAACGGGCAGGUGUACUGCUCCAAGGACCAGGCCCCGGGGUCCCACUUCUGGAAGUCCUCCUUCCCAGGGGACGUUGCACUAAACCAGCCAGACCUGUGCGUGUACCGGCGCGGGCGGAAGAAGCGGGUGCCUUACACGAAGCUGCAGCUGAAGGAGCUGGAGAGCGAAUACGCCCUGAAUAAAUUCAUUAACAAGGACAAGCGGCGGCGGAUUUCUGUGGCCACCAACCUCUCGGAGAGGCAGGUUACCAUCUGGUUCCAGAACCGCCGAGUCAAAGACAAGAAAAUCGUCUCCAAACUGAAGGACACCGUUUCUUGA